AUGUUAGUAGCAAAGAACGUAUAUUAAUUAAUAUACGUUCUUUGGUAAGAUGGCAGAUCUAUAAAUUCACAGUUAUUUUAAAAACGUUACAUUCACAAUAAAUUACUUUGUGGGUUGAAUGACAGCUAUGUUCAUUGUGAACAAAAUCAGCUGUUUAAAUUGUUUACACUCAGGCAGAACAUAGUGCGAUGCGUUUAAUUAGCGUGAAAAUUACUUAAGUACCAUAUUUUUUCUAUUGUUUGCCUGCUUACAAAACAUUCGUUCAGGACUUCGAAUGUGUAUAAAAAGGGUGUUACGAGCAUUUUCAAUUUAGUUUCAAGAAAAAACACCGUGGGAGCAGUAACAAAAUGGGAGGCGGAGAUUUGAAUUUGAAGAAAUCCUGGCAUCCGCAAACGAUGAAGAACCAGGAAAAAGUAUGGAAAGCUGAGCAAGCCAAGUCACAAGAGGAUAGGAAGCUCAAAGAUUUACGUCGAGAAAUCGAAGAAGAAAAAACACGAGAAGAACUUAAACAUAUCGGUCGAAGCUCUGGCGUUUUACCACAGGAAGAUAAAAAGUUGGAAUGGAUGUACAAAAACAGUAACGAGCUUAUAAAUCGGGAUGAAUACCUUCUUGGUAGAACCAUUGAUAAAUCUUUUGAGGUAUUACAUGCCGAAGAGCAACGAAAAGAUCAAAAUAUGGUUGGUGUAAAACAAUCCAUUAAUCAUGUUGAGCAUGAAUGUAUACCGUUUUCGAUACGAGCUUAUCGCAAUAUGGAAUCUACUGAGCAGGUAGAUUUGCAGCGGAAAGUUAUGGAAGAUCCUUUGAUGUUAAUCAAACAACGAGAAAUGGAAUCAAGAAAAAAACUACUGGAGAACCCGGUUAAGUUAAAGGAACUUCACCGUAUUCUGAAAACAGAUGAAAUGCUGAAAAAGCCUAAACGGGUUAAAAAAUCAAAAAAAUCUAAAAAAUCAAAGAAGAAACAUAAGAAACAUUCCAAAUCUUCUACCAAUAAUGGUUCGUCUGAUUCUGAGUCAGAUAAUGAUAAUGCAAGGGAUUUGGAUAAAGAAUUAGCUAAGCGAUAUAAAAAACUUAACAAGGAAGAAGAUUUCUCAGGUUUAAAUUUAUCGAAGUUAUUGGAAGCAAAAUUUGAAACACUUACAAAGGAGUUAGACAAAGCGGCAGGAAGUAAACGUAAAAACUUUCGUAGAGAUCGCUCAAGCAGCAGUGACGAUAACAAAAGAAAUCGCUCAACAGAACGAGAAAACAGAACCAAGGAAAGUUAUGAACACAAGCGCUUACGUACUUCCCAUUCAAGAUCACCUAAUAACAAUUAUAAGCCCCGCCGUUCUCUAACACGAUCUCCCGAUGAACCGCGUAAACGUCAAUACUCUACCUCUCCUUCUGUAGAACGAGAUAUCACGCGGAAAUCCCAUAAUUCCAAAAAGUAUCUCGAAAGUCGUUCACAAAGUAGGGAUCGUAAUAAGAAAUAUGAAAAUCGAUGGAAGGAAGAUGACAAAAGGGCAAGAAAAGAAAAUAAUAAAUUAGUCGAAGGGCGCCGUAGAAGUCGUUCAGCUAGUAGGAACCACAGUAAGAGAUAUGACAACUCUGAUAAUAGAUCUAGACAGGAAGGUCAUAAAGGACCCGAAAGGCAACGACAACAUAGGUCGCGUUCUCGAUCGUCUAGAGAUCGUCAGAACCGGCAACGGUCCCGAACCCGAUCACCUAAUCAUCCAAAAAGAAGAAACCUUUCAAAACCCCUGCGUAAUAGCUCGCAUUCGCCACUUCGACGGGAGAGAUCUGGUGAUAGUAAGGAAAAAAGCGAGCUAAAUUCGCGGUCGAAACAGAGUCAAAGUAUUGCUACGCAUAAAAAAUUAAGUGAUGCUGAAAAGGAAGAGCGUCUUCGCGAAAUGAUGGAAAAUGCAAAUUGGAGGGAGAACGACCGUGUAAAAUCAGUACAAAAGCAUCGUGAGGCCAAUGCUCGCGAAGAGGAACUGUAUAAAAAUCAAGAUUUCGACAAGGAAUUUAUUAACAAAGAAGUAAAGAAGGCUAUUGCGACUCAGUCCUCAAUUGGUUCUCGAAUCCGUUCGAACUUGAACAAUAUACAACGCACUUCAGCGGCAAUGAACUCCAAUUUUACGAAAAAGUAAGCUCAUCUGUUGGCUUACUCCCAAAGCUUAUUAGUGUUAUCUAAAAAUUAAGUUUUCUAAACUUAGAAAAUUAUUAGCGUUAUCUAAAAAUUAAGUUUUUUAAAUUUUAGAAAAUAAUUAGCGUUAUCGAAAAAUAAAGUUCUUAAACUUAGAAAAUAAAGUUUUUUUUUUUUGAUUAUCAGCUAGUUUUACUGAACAUCUAAACGGAUUAUGAUAUCAUGUUUUCAACAAAUUAAUAAAAUCCUUAGUAAAUAAACAGC